UUAAUAGAGUACCUUUCCAUUCUGUUGCAAAUUUCUAUCUAUCUGAAGGUAAAACUACUGAACCUGUCAAUUGUAGUAUGGAACUGCAGAAGUUAUCAAAAGGUAAUCAACACCAUGAAGCUGAUGUGCCUAAGGAGGGAGGAGUUCCACCAGAGAAAGCAAAGUUCCUGCAUCACAAGAGCGAUGCACCAAGUCAGUUUACAGAUUUUGAGGGUAAAACCUCCUUUGCAAUGUCUGUCUUCAACCUGAGUAAUGCCAUCAUGGGCAGUGGCAUUCUGGGUCUGUCAUAUGCCAUGUCGAACACUGGCAUAGUCCUUUUCCUGAUCCUGUUGACAUGCAUUGCUUGUCUUUCAUGUUAUUCCAUCCAUUUGUUGCUAUGCAGUGCUGGAGUUGUGGGUAUCAGAGCCUACGAGCAGCUUGGUCUCAGAGCUUUUGGUCAUUCAGGGAAGAUUCUAGCAGCUGUCAUCAUAACAUUACAUAACAUUGGAGCCAUGUCAAGCUACCUGUUCAUAGUAAAAUAUGAGUUACCAUUGGUCAUCCAAACCUUUCUUGGCCAGUCAGCCAGCUCUGACAACUGGUUCAUGAAUGGAAACUACCUCAUCAUCAUUGUCACCGUCUGCAUCAUCUUCCCGCUGGCCCUGAUGAAACACCUGGGGUAUCUUGGUUACAGCAGUGGAUUCUCUCUUUCCUGCAUGGUCUUCUUUCUGUCUGUGGUCAUCUACAAGAGAUUCAACAUCUCUUGCCCUCUGGAAGUGUUUGGUAACUUCUCUGUGAACACAUCUCUCCCAGACAACACAUGCACCGCCAAAUUCUUCACCAUCAACCAAGAGACAACAUAUACCAUCCCCAUCCUGGCGUUUGCUUUUGUAUGUCACCCUGAAGUUCUUCCAAUCUACACUGAACUGAGCAACCCAACCAAAAGAAGAAUGCAGAAUAUUGGCAAUGUUUCCAUCCUGGGAAUGUUCAUCAUGUACUUCUUCACUGCCAUAUUUGGCUAUCUGACCUUCUAUGAGAACACUGAAGCAGAGCUCCUCCAUACCUACAGUAAGGUGGACCUCCUGGACACUCUGAUCCUGUGUGUUCGAUUGGCUGUCCUGGUGGCUGUCACGCUGACGGUACCUGUGGUCUUGUUUCCCAUCCGCCGUGCCCUCCUGCAGAUACUGUUUCCAGGGAAGCCCUUCAACUGGCUUCGUCAUAUUGCCAUUGCAGUGUGUCUGCUGUUUUCUGUCAACCUGCUGGUCAUCUUUGUUCCCAAUAUUCGAGAUAUCUUUGGCAUAAUUGGAGCCACCACUGCUCCCAGUCUGAUCUUUAUCCUUCCUGGACUGUUCUACAUCCGCAUCAUUCCCUCUGACCAGGAGCCUAUGAACUCCAGACCAAAGAUACAGGCUUCAUGUUUCACAGCGCUGGGUUUCAUAUUCAUGACCAUGAGUCUGACAUUCAUCGGGAUUGACUGGUUGAGUGGAGAAAACCGAAGUCUCGGUGGCCAUUAAAGAGCAGUCCUUUGAAGACCAAGAAAGAUUCAAUCUACCGCAGAAAGGAUCAUGGCUUCAUUAGUCAUGGACAGUCAAUUCCUCAAUUUUAGGAUUUUAUCAAAUGUGAUGCCCCUCUGUUCUGUAUGAGGAGUUGAUGAACAUUUUGACCUUGGAAGUCAAGAGGAGCAAUAUGUGUUGUAUAGUAACUGCAAUAUUCAAAGCAUAUUGGGCCAUUGUCUUCUAUAGUUAUACGGUGUUUGAUAAAAAAACAUUAAAAAAAAGAUCCCUCAGAGAUCUGAAUGAGAUAACAUUCCUAAAUGCAUUCAAAUAAUUCACUUCAAUUGAUGGAUAACGUUUUGUAUUCCUGCAGAGCAGUAUCUCAGUAACUUAAGGUUCAGUGUGUAAGAUUUAGGUGAAAGGGAUCUAUCGUCAGAAAUUUAU